AACCCAGCGCAUGGAUCCUUUGGCAGUGAUGGUAUACAUUCACGGUGACUCUUACGAGGAAGGUACGGCUGGUAUGUACGACGGCAGCAUACUGGCUAGCUAUGGCGGAGUCAUCGUAGUAACAGUAAAUUAUCGCCUGGGAAUUUUAGGUUUUCUCAGUACCGGUGAUUCAGCAGCGAGGGGGAACUACGGCCUCAUGGACCAAAUAGCAGCUCUCAAGUGGAUCCAUCAAAAUGUCGCCAUGUUUGGCGGGAAUCCCGACCGUAUCACCCUAUUUGGAGCUGGAAGUGGAGCUGCCAGCUGCGGACUACUCGCCUUUUCAAAUUACACCAAAGGUCUCAUAGCUGGUGUCAUAGCAGAGAGUGGAUCCUCCGUUGCUUCUUGGGCGCUGUCUCGAGAGCCAGCACGGUUCGCGAACCUGUUAGCUGAAAGCGUCGGCUGCGAGGCAGAAACCAACCUGCAAAUGGUCGAAUGUCUGCGAGGUCUUCCGUACGACGACAUGAUCAACGUAGACAUCCAAUCCCCACUCUACAUGAUCGCUUUUGCUCCGGUGGUCGACGAGGAUGUCAUCGCAGCCGACCCAACCAUCAUGUGGGGACAGCUGAUUGCGGGCGAGCGCGACAUUGGACGAGAUGACUUUUCAUACCUUAGUGGGGUAGUGAGAAACGAGGGCUUCAUGUAUAUUGAGCCCUAUCUAACGGAACCCCUUGUUGAUGCACAACUCUUGCUGGAAGACUUCGAGGACAUUCUUGAUGGAUUCAUGCAGAACAAUUUCGGAGGCAACAUGAAGGCUAGUAGCGUCAUUCGCGAUGUCAUCUACUACGAGUACACGGACUGGGCAGGUGGCGAAGGCAAUCCUUUCGAACUCAAGAUCAGCCUCCAGGACAUCCUGACGGACCAUCUCUGGGUGGCGCCCUGCAUUACCACACUCAAAAUGGCGGACGAGGCGGGCUUUGACGCUUGGUUCUACAUGUUCCCCCACAGACCAAAGAAGAGUGUCUAUCCACGAUGGGCAGGUGCAGUUCAUCUUGAGGAACUCCCGUACGUUUUCGGUGCUCCCGUUUCGAAUGUUUCGGUUGGGAUCUUUCCAGAGAGUUUCUCGUCUGCAGAGGCUGCGCUUUCACUGGCAACAAUGAACUACUGGAGUAAUUUCGCCAAAUCUGGAAAUCCCAACAAUCCAAGACGGCAAAGUUCAACUGAUCUCCAUCGGAACUUCGUCGUCGAGUUCAACUUUGAGAUUAUGGAUGACUGGCCUCGGUACAGAGUCGGCACAGAGGAAAUGAUCUAUCUUGCCGCCAACCCUAAAGUUAGAGAUUUCUACCGCGUCCAUAAGAUUAGCAUUUGGGAACAUCUUGUUCCUAGACUAGAGCAAAAGUUUGCCUUUGAACCGACAGUCAACAACAACCCUUUCCUUCCAGGACCGCAGAUCAUUAAUCCAGCGGGGCAAGGGACAUCUCCCAUGAUUUCAGCGAUGAUGCCAGUCACUUCGGCUGUUUCGCCAGUAACCGAUCCGAUUGUCACAGAUAUAGAUAACCGAGUACCGGGCGCGGAUCUCACUUCGUCGUGGACUGAAUCGAACGCAUUAGAAACGGAUAAACAGGAAAAGAAAGGUUUCUUAGUGGAACUUAGUAUGGUGAUUGCUAUUGGCGGUUUUCUUCUCCUCCUUAACCUGAUCAUUCUUGGGGCCAUAUAUUACUUGCGCGACAAGAGAAAAAUUGAAAAGCGGCUGGCCAUGAAGUAUUUGGCCUCUCAGUCGGAGGAGAAGAAGCGCACCAGUUUGCAUCCACAGACCACACCGGAUAGCGGUAUCGGCAUACCAGUCGCACUGAACCUUAAUCAACAAUCCGGUCAUCACGGAAGUAACCAUCGUCACGUGCCACCAUCGGUGCCAUCUCGUGCUGCUGGCACGAGUGACCAUAACCAUGGCAACGGUGGGAGUCGGGACUAUUCUUCACUGAAAUAUAAUCGUUCCCCGCAACAUUUUGGUGCCAUCAGGCGGAACUCAGCCGGGGAAGUGGAGUUUGAGGUAUAAAAUCUGUUUUUCUUAACGUUUUUGUCGAAUUUCUUUCGUAUCAUGGAGAUUGCAGAAUUGGAAGGUGUCGAUAUGCAAUUGAGUGAUGCAGCAGAUAUCGAAAGCACUGACCGGUAGCAGGGCUCGUUCUUUUGUUCCAUUAUGGCUCAUGAUUGUCCGAAAUAAAGUUUUAUAAAGGACCAAAGAUAUCGGAUAGCAUUGGCUGCAGUUUUUAUAAAAAGACGAUGUGUUUCGCGGACUGACAACAAUGUCAUUCAUCUGCGUAGAUCCGUUGGAUAUAACAAAUGAGGGCGAUGUAGCUCCCUGAGUCAUUCGUGUUUCUGUUUGUAGAGCAGGAAGACAGAUUAAAAUUAAAGCGGAGUUUGGGUAAUGAACCCAUGAAAAGAAGUAUUGUGAAAGAGAGAGAAAGAGGGAGAAAGAGGGAGAAAGUUGUCGUGGGAGAGAGAGAGACAUAAUAAGAGUUGGAGGUAGAGGGGGGUGGAGAGAAAGAUGAGGGAAGAAAAAAAGGAGGACAGGAGAGAAGAAAAAUCGAAAGUUCAUCGCAGAGACAUAAAAGGUGCAGUCAAUAUAACACAAGUUUUUCGUGACAGUGAUAGCAUAUCCGCCAUUACUGGAAAGGAUAUGUUUUAAGGAAAAAAACUAAUCCAACAAUCAAUCAUUAUUCUAUGAGAAAAAAAAGUCUUGACGAUUAUUAAGAGGAACGUCAGACGGGAAUAUAAUUGUGUAUCGUUAAUCCCACAUUAUUGAGGAAUGAAUUUAAGAAUGAUCUAGCACCUUACGGGGUGGAAUUGAGGUAAGUUCCUCUCAAUUUUCUUUCUUGAGACCUUGUCAAUAAAACAAAAUUGUGCCGAUAAUUCAGAGUGUAAUGUGGAAAUAAAUCUGUCUGGUGUAAAGAUGAACGAAUAAGUCUUUCCUAGAUUAGCCACAA